UCCAACACUUGACAUUAUUUGGCAAAAACCACGCCAUCAUUACGAACACUUUGUACAAAUGGCCGACCAUAUGGAAGUCUUGGCGGUAAUGGGUCAUCAGGUGCAAUGUCGUGUUCGGACGAUUUAAUAGUCACACAUCGGAAAACAAUUAUGCACAGCGAAGUGAACCCCGGAAAGAUGAUUUUAUCGUACUCAUCAUUGAACACACGGCCGAGAAUACUGUAGAACUGUAUUCUUUUCGGGGCAAAUUUACAUAAAUGGAAUUCGUGAAAUAACAAUUAUUGUUUAAGACUUCCUAAGAACCAUGUCGGAGUACCGGACCUGUAUUUAUCCAGCAUCCUGAGAAUACAGUGUAUUUAAACAUCAUACCUGUCAUUAUCGAUCAACCCGACUGAUCUUAUACCGUUUUGCACUAAGAUAUAUAUCUACCCAGGUAAGGAGUGGGAAGUACAUGACCCAGAGACAUAAGAGAUGUACGUGUCUUCAGCUUAUCGAUCACACCAUAUCUUAGAGUGCAACACACGUGUGCAGAUUUUAUAUAUCGUCCGUAGCGUGUACUACUAGCUAUGCACGUGUGUAUCGCCGUGUUUGUCUGGAUAAGAACUAGUAUAUUUCUUCAUGGCUGCAUCUAAACAGGACAAUCAGAGACAAAUAUUUUCCGGAAACGGUCUUUAAUCAAGCAGUCGUUACGGAAAAAGGAUUAACAUAUAUACUAUGCACUUGAACAAAAUGUCUUUGUCGGGAGACGGGAUUAGCCAGUAGGGAUUACUGACGAUAACUGUAUUUUAAAUGGCUGUCUGAAAACGACUUAUUCCGGAUUAUCUGUCUACAAAUAUCACAACUGUUUAUGACUAUGCACUUAAACUGUACAAUACGAGCGUGUGUAAGAAAUGUUUAAAAAUUAAAUAUUGUCUUAAUUCAUAAUACUAGAGUUUGAACAAGCAUGAUCUAAUUGGAUGUGCAGAAACAUUACUUCACCACGUGUUCAACCUCAGUGACAAUUUCUACAUGGAUACGGGCGACUGUCAUUAGUUCUACUCCAGCGUGUACAAUGGCGAUCAGUGUUGGUGAUGUACACGGACCGAUGGAACGAACCACGAUUGAGGAUUAUGUACUUAAACACUUUCAUGUCACUUCUCUAAUUUAUACGUGACCACUGCCGAAUAAUUUUACUAGUGUUCCACACUUACGGGGGCGUUUUUGACAACUCCGGUCACCGUACACCUAUCUACUGCCACCAUUUUAAUGUCAGUGUUUCCAUAAAUGUAAAAAAAAACCCCACAUAUUCUUUAUAUGAAUUUUUCGUGUAUAACGCAAAACGCUAUAUGUAAAGGCGGAACUUGAAUUAAUAUUUACACUCAAACCAGAUCACACGUUUUAUUUAAUUACUGGUCCUUUUUUCAUGGCAGAUACAGGUAUAGUUAUUGAUUUCAUAUGAAAUGUGUAUAUAUUGUGCCCGGUUUCAAACGAUAGGAAGACAACAACACGUAUUUAAAUAAUGAAAACUAUUUUAAAAUUGGACUUCUACAUGCUACGCCAUUCAGAAUGUUUAACCAACCGUGGAAACAAGUGAAAGUGGAAUUGCCUGAUGAUACCGGCAUGGAUAUGUUAACUUUGUGAGAACAUCAAUUUCGGAAGGUUUCCAUGUUAUAUACACGGCAAUUGACACGUGCCAAUUAAAAAACACUUCUGCCUUGGAUUAGGCUAAUUUCGCCCGUGUAUACAGUGGUUAUAAACACAAUGAAGUGAAUUAGACAAAUCCCCACGUGUAAUACACCAUAAUAUACCACUAUGUUCGGGACAAUGCCAGAUCGAGGUGUGAAACAUUCAGAACAGGACUUACAUGAAUUCGUUCGGGCCCGUGUCUCCACGUCACGACCUUCUAGUUUACGAGUAAACAAACAAUACGCUUACUUGCCAGACGAAGGAGAGGACAGCGCUGAAAACAAUCUUCAUUUCAAUAAUACUUUGGAGAGCUAUGUUCGUCGACGAGCGAAGUAUUCGAAACGGAAGUCUUCAAAGCGUAUGUCGGCGUCUAAAAUAAAGCCUGCAAUGGCGGACGACGACUCUGAUGACGACGAUUCCAUCUUUGGGCAAAGUGAUGAAGAAUUUGAAGAAGGAAGCACGCGCUGUAGCUUCGGAAGGAUUUCUAAACGACGGGUAACAAAGAAUUUACAACUGAAAAGCAAUAUAGCAUCGCGCAGGGAAUGUCGAUGUUCUGCUACCGUUGCGGAGCAGGACGAGUUAGUGUGCGGAUGGGAAUCUAAAUAUCAAACUGGAAAAUAUUACAGACCAGUGAAAGUUAAACGGAAGACACAAAAUCAUAACAUUCCGCAUGCAUACCAAAGGUUACUUCCAGAGAGAGACACUGGAUUCGACUUCCAUCACUAUGAGGAGCCGUCACAGUAUAUGGAACAGUAUCGGCACAACCACACUGUAGGGGAUGUGUGCAAGGUUUCCUACUACCACACCGACGACGUCACAAUUGCCGAUCCCUACGCGCAAAGGGUCAAGGGAAAUAUCUGCUCGAUUGCCGAGAACUGUGACUUCCUCGCUAUCCUGUCGGUGGACAGAGAAAAUGGUGACGUCAUGGCGAACCAUCACAUGUACCAUAGUAACACGAAUAUGGGUCAUCACCAUGGUCACCAACAGUCCGGACACGACCUUAACUCAGAGGAGGAAAACAAUGACGACGGCGAAAAGAAUAUGUCAGUCCAGGAUAGGGGUAAAAAGCUCAAUCUUGCUCCGGUUAGAAAAUCAACUAACUUGAGACCCAAAUUGUGUAAAUCUAACAUGAAAAUGACUCCAAAAAAGACAACUCGAUCUACACAUAGUCAGUAUCUGAACUUAGUGAUACCUAAAACCACUCUCCACCGAAAGGACCUUCAGCUGAAUGUGCAGCCUGUGAAGGACACGUAUGCUGCACGGUUUGAUACCCGGCGUUUAUCUAGUGGUCCGAGUAAAAAUGCAUUCAUUAGAACCGGAAGUGCAGAUUCUGUACAAAGUCCACAACAGCUAACUGGAAGGGACAGCUCCCCGGUACAUCGUCCAACAGAGUUAAAACAGUCGCGUACAAAUACGUUUCAUAUCAACUCUGCCCCUACUCCGGGACAGGGUCAACCUUCACGGGAACCAGUGGCAAGCCGUGGAUCUUCCCAAAGUGGUAGUCCUACAAAGGGACGUCACUCUAAAGGGUGUGACAGAAUAAACACCCUACUGCCUAGCUUUCCAAAUGACAUGUACAAUAAAAUUCACGCAAAGACCGCUUUCAGUGGAAGCGUAAACGGAGGUCCAUACCAGAUGACCCCAUUUCCUCGCCCCCAGGCCCAGAGGGUAUGGGAGGGAGGUGACAGAGUCAGUAGUGACAGCGUCAAAAAUGACACGGUGAUCCCGGUGCCAUUGGGAUCGUUUGGGGUUAGAGGACGCACGUGCAAUGGCGAAGACCGCGUCACCAUUGGUUAUAGACUCAAGCGAGACCGCGAAAGACGUGUUGGUUUGUCAGCUGUCACAUAAAACAAAAACAUAUUCACGUCUAGACAUCAUCUUUUUCUUCAGAUAUUUCUUUUUAAUGACAGUUUUUUCACAAGUAUUUGUUUAAGUUUUAGACAGGAAAGGAUUCUAAUAAUCUUCUUGAUUUUAUAUAACAGUUAACAUCAUUCGUUUUAUGAACGUUUCCAGUAUGUGGAAGAUCGUACGAAAUGUAUUGUACUCAUUUUAAUGGAACGAAAGUUUAAUUUAUAUUUAUCUAUAUAUACGUACAGCGACAUUUCCCCCGUUCUUUGUUAACAAAGAAGUAGAUUAUGGUUUAAUGAUGAUUUAUAAAUGGACACUUAAUAUGUGCAGGUUGUCAGCACCCUAAACAAUGAUAAAAACCUUAACAAUUUGAUGCGAUUAUCACACCUAAUUUAAAAAAAAAAGAAAAAAGAAACCCUUUCUCUUCAUUAGUGAAAUGUGACUAAAUUAUUAUAAUUAUUUACAUACCAAACAAUAUAAAUAGACGCUUGUAAGGUGACUAAACAUAUUUUUAUUUUUCAUAUGAACAAUAUUGAUAACAUACUUAUUUUGAGUACCAUGAUGAUGUUUCUUUUCGUGUUGCAACAGCGAACUACAUUUGGUAUCAAUACGUAUCACUUAAAUGUUUCAAUGUUCUGUAAAUUAGACUUUCUUAAGGCUAUUAUGAUAAAAAUGUGUCCACAAUGGUAAACAGAGAACGAUGAAUGUAAAAAUAAAUAACUGAUAACCUUUAAGGUAUGUGACGUAAUCUACAUUAUCGCAUUAUGCAUAUUACAUGGAUUGUGUUGAGAACAUUUGAAAUUUACAAACACCAUCUUAUUCAAUAGAACAAAAACAUUUUUUUUUUCAAAACGAUGACAUUAUAUUAUUGCUAUAAGGAAUCAUUGUAAAAUGCAAUUGCUCAGUAAGCAAUGAUUUGAACCAAGUGUAGUAUCGACUAAUCCAUUAAGGUGGGGCAAAAUGUGAACGAGUUUGUGUAUUUGUUUCAAACAAGGAGAUAUUCAUUUUUAUGUACCUAUGUACAUUGGAAUGUCCCAUGAGUGAACUAUUUUUUUUUAUUUAGGUGAACGGAUGUGAACUUGAGUGCCCUAUGAGCGAACAAUUCAUUUAGAUGAACGCGUGUACUGGAAUGCUCUAUGAGUGAACUGUUAAUUUAGAUCUACAUGUGUAGACUGGAGUGCCUUAUGUGUGAAAUAUGUACUUCGAUGUACGUUUGGAUGAUGAAAUGUGAAAGAAUAAUAUUUAUUAAGAUGUACGCGUGUGUGGUGGAGUGUCCUGUAAACAACUAUUUAUUUAGAUAUACGUGUAUGUGGUGGGAUGUUAUAUAAUUAACUAUUUAUUUAGAUAUACGUGUAUGUGGUGGGAUGUUAUAUGAAUGAAAUAUUUAAUUAGAUGCAGAUGUGUGUACUCGGCUGUACCAUGAAUGAACCAUUAAUUAAGAUGUACGCGUGUGUGCUUGGCUGUGCUAUAAAUGAACUUUUUAGAUGUUCGUGUGUGUAGUAAAGUGACCUAUGAAUGAACUAUUUAAUCAGAUGUACGUGUGUGUGGUGGAGGAGGGUUUCUUUUCUUCGAGUUGCGAGUUGGAAAAUGCGAGUUGCGCCCUAUGCGUGAACUAUAUAGAUGAACGUGUGUGUGGUGAAGUGCUAUAUGAAUGAACUGUUUAUUUAGAUGUACGUCUGUGUGCUGGGUUGUGCUAUUUAUUGAGAUAUAUGUGUGGUAGGUGGAGUGCCCUAGGAGUGAACUAUUUAUUAAGAUGAACGUGUGGGUAGUAGAGUGCCCUAGGAGUGAACUAUUUAUUAAGAUGAACGUGUGGGUAGUGGAGUGCCCUAGGAGUGAACUAUUUAUUAAGAUGAACGUGUGGGUAAUAGAGUGCCCUAGGAGUGAACUAUUUAUUAAGAUGAACGUGUGGGUAGUGGAGUGCCCUAGGAGUGAACUAUUUAUUAAGAUGAACGUGUGGGUAGUGGAGUGCCCUAGGAGUGAACUAUUUAUUAAGAUGAACGUGUGGGUAGUGGAGUGCUGUCUGAGUGAACUAUUUAUUAAGAUGAACGUGUGGGUAGUGGAGUUCCCUAAGAGUGAACUAUUUAUUAAGAUGAACGUGUGGGUAGUGGAGUGCUGUCUGAGUGAACUAUUUAUUAAGAUGAACGUGUGGGUAGUGGAGUGCCCUAAGAGUGAACUAUUUAUUAAGAUGAACGUGUGGGUAGUGGAGUGCCCUAGGAGUGAACUAUUUAUUAAGAUGAACGUGUGGGUAGUGGAGUGCUGUCUGAGUGAACUAUUUAUUAAAUGAACGUGUGGGUAGUGGAGUGCCCUAGGAGUGAACUAUUUAUUAAGAUGAACGUGUGGGUAGUGGAGUGCUGUCUGAGUGAACUAUUUAUUAAGAUGAACGUGUGGGUAGUGGAGUGCCCUAGGAGUGAACUAUUUAUUAAGAUGAACGUGUGGGUAGUGGAGUGCCCUAGGAGUGAACUAUUUAUUUAGAUGAACGGGUGGGUAGUGGAGUGCCCUAGGAGUGAACUAUUUAUUAAGAUGAACGUGUGGGUAGUGGAGUGCCCUAGGAGUGAACUAUUUAUUAAGAUGAACGUGUGGGUAGUGGAGUGCCCUAGGAGUGAACUAUUUAUUAAGAUGAACGUGUGGGUAGUGGAGUGCCCUAGGAGUGAACUAUUUAUUAAGAUGAACGUGUGGGUAGUGGAGUGCCCUAAGAGUGAACUAUUUAUUAAGAUGAACGUGUGGGUAGUGGAGUGCCCUAGGAGUGAACUAUUUAUUAAGAUGAACGUCUGGGUAAUGGAGUGCCCUAGGAGUGAACUAUUUGUUAAGAUGAACGUGCGGGUAGUGGAGUGCCCUAAGAGUGAACUAUUUAUUAAGAUGAACGUGCGGGUAGUGGAGUGCCCUAGGAGUGAACUAUUUAUUAAGAUGAACGUGCGGGUAGUGGAGUGCCCUAAGAGUGAACUAUUUAUUAAGAUGAACGUGUGGGUAGUGGAGUGCCCUAGGAGUGAACUAUUUAUUAAGAUGAACGUGUGGGUAGUGGAGUGCCCUAGGAGUGAACUAUUUAUUAAGAUGUACGUGUCGGUCGUGUAGUGUUCACGAGAUACCGAGUGAAACCCUUCAGUGAUGUUUUAUUGACUGCGAAGUGUAUACAGCACUAAUGAAUCUGACGCAAGGCGGUGUUUUUGAUUAAUUCAGAUUAAAUCAAUUUGUACUUA